AUGAGAAAUGCAGAGCUCAUCUUCAUCCCAACACCAACCGUUGGUCAUCUUGUUCCGGUUCUUGAGUUUGCUAAGCGUCUCAUUGACCAAGAUGAUAGGAUCCGUAUCACCAUCGUUCUGAUGAAGCUACAAGGUCAGUCUCAUCUGGAUACUUACGUUAAGUCGAUUGCCUCCUCGCAGCCCUUUGUUAGAUUCAUUGAUGUCCCUGAGUUAGAAGAGAAACCAACACUUGUUGCUCAGUCUGUGGAAGCUUUUGUGUACGAUUUUGUUGAGAAAAACAUCCCUCUUGUGAGAAAUAUAGUCAAUGGUAUCUUAUCUUCUCCUGCAUCGGAUGGAGUCACUGUCAAGGGUAUAGUUGCUGAUUUUUUCUGUCUCCCCAUGAUUGACGUUGCGAUACAUGUAAAUCUUCCUUUUCAUGUGUUCUUGACUACAAAUUCCGGGUUCCUAGCUAUGAUGCAGUAUCUAGCAGAUCGUCAUAGCAAAGAUUCCUCUGUUUUUGUCAGAAACUCUGAAGAAGUAUUGUCGAUUCCUGGCUUUGUAAACCCUGUUCCAGUCAAAGUUCUGCCAUCAGCUCUGUUUAUCGAAGAUGGUUAUGAUGCUUUCGUUAAACUGGCCAUCUUGUUUACCAAGGCCAAUGGAAUCCUAGUGAAUAGCUCCUUUGACAUUGAGCCUUACUCUGUGAACCAUUUUCUUAAAGAACAGAGUUACCCUUCUGUCUAUGCUGUUGGACCGAUGUUUGACUUGAAGGCUCAUCCUCAUCCAGAUCAGGACCUUGCCCGUCGCGACGAGUUGAUGAAAUGGCUUGAUGAUCAGCCGGACGCAUCGGUUGUGUUCAUUUGCUUUGGGAGUAUGGGCAGGUUAAGAGGUCCUCUAGUGAAGGAAAUAGCAAAUGGACUUGAGAUUUGCCAGUACAGAUUCCUCUGGUCACUCCGCACUGAAGAAGGUAGCUCAAACGAUGAUGUUUUGCCAGAGGAAUUCCUCGACCGUGUCGGUGACCGAGGAAUGAUAUGCGGUUGGUCUCCUCAGGUGGAGAUAUUAGCUCAUAAGUCAGUGGGAGGUUUUGUUUCUCACUGCGGAUGGAACUCAAUAGUAGAGAGUUUGUGGUUUGGUGUGCCGAUUGUGACAUGGCCGUUGUAUGCAGAGCAACAGCUCAAUGCGUUUCUGAUGGUGAAGGAACUGAAGCUCGCAGUGGAGAUGAAGCUUGAUUACAGGAUGCAUAGCGAUGAGGUUGUAAGUGCAAACGAGAUGGAGACAGCGAUUCGUUGUGUAAUGAACAAGGAUAAUGAUUUGGUGAGGAAGGGGUUGAUGGAUGUCUCUCAGAUGGCGAGGAAAGCUGCGUUGAAUGGUGGAUCUUCGUAUUUGGCUACUGUGAAAUUCAUACAGGACGUGAUAGGAACCAAACCUUAG